AUGCCAGUUCUACACUUCCUCUCGGAGCGACAGGCCGCCACGGCUACUCCUGAAUACAAAGACGAAUCAUAUGCAGGGAACUUGCUCGCUAUCCAUGGAACAUUCUGCGCAGUGGCCAUUGUCUCGGUGCUUCUACGUCUCUAUGUCAGAAUAUUCAUGAUCAAAAGUGUUGGGUCCGACGACUAUCUUAUCGUUGCCGCCUCGGUCCUCUCCAUUGCUGUCCUGGUCUGCUUCUCUGGUGAAAACGCGGCCGGUGGACUAGGAAGGCACCCGGCCCUUGUCUCGCAGGAAGACUUUUCGAAAUUUAUGCAUUGGCGAUGGUUUCACUCGUUGAUCAUCAUGGUGGGCAUCAGCCUGGUCAAGAUAUCAAUCGCCUGCUUUCUCCGACGAUUUGUCCCCAACAAGAACUAUCAGCGGUUUCUGAUGGGCUCAAUUGUUUUCCUGGUUGCAUUCACGCUGUCCUGCGCCGGGACUCUGAUAUUCAAUUGUGGAACGAAGGUUUCGGCAAACUGGAACUUCGCACUGCGCGCUACUGGAGAAGCGAAGUGCUUCAGCAAUACGACUUUUACGAACAUUGGGAUUUUCAACAGUAGUGUCAACAUUGCUACCGAUGUGCUUUUCGCUGUGCUUCCGAUCCCAAUCAUCUGGAACCUGCAGGUGAAUCUGCGUACCAGGCUUACACUUAUCUUCAUUCUAAGCUUGGGCGUCUUUGCUUGUGUCGCAAGUAUUGUCAAGACAGUUAUUCAAGCCGGCGUCCUGAGCGAUCCAGAUUGGACUUAUCACGACUCCUUCUUCAUGUGGAACAAUAUCGAGUUCAAUAUCGGGAUUCUAGCAGCAACACUUCCAUCGCUCCGACCUCUGUUUGCAAAAAUACUUGGUGUCACUCAGCGUUUCACCUCGAGUGCCAGUCGCAACCGUCCAACCGGCUACAACGGGUACGAUGCAGACGGCCUCGCCUACCACAAGCAUGCUAGUACGAACCCUACUUUACGAAAUAAUCGAUCCAAAGACUACUAUCAAUUUGGUUCACGUCAUUCCACAGAGUUAAAUGACCUUCAAAGGGGUGCCAGUGUACACGCUUAUGGACGCGACGGAAGCAAGACGCCAGGCGUGACAAGCACAGUAACGGUGGGAGAUAAUGACAGCGACAAGAUUAUGCUGAACGAGCCGGAGUUUCAUGCAAAUGGAGACGACAAGGGGUGGAAUACUCCAGCCUCGCCACCGAAGAAUGGAGGCAUCACGAAAACAAUGACGGUGGAUAUCUCAAGGUAUUGA